AUGUCGUUUGCUCAAGAGUUGGGGACCUAUGUCAACUGGGUGGGACAUGCAAACUUUGCGCAGAACAAGGGAGACCUCCUGCUCGCUAUUGCCUCCAGCGAUUGUCCAGCUCAUGCUCUUGUUUUGAAUCUCCACCGGGUGUCGAGGCAUGCGGCUACCCAAUUAUUCUACACAUUGGCUACCGCACUCAAUUCACUCAAUGUGGAUCGCCGCCCAGCACCACAGAUGGAGCCACAAUUCAUUGUUAGCCAGCUCAGUACGUUGAUGCAGGUAAGAGUCCGGAAAGGCAAUCGUCCAGAGCCUGUCAUCGCACCACAGCUCGGGCAAGAAUUCCAAAGCUUCACAACCAAGAUCCUGAGCGAAUACACGGCCAAGAUGAUAGCCUCACGAGAUGGGGAUCGCUAG